AUGUCGAAAAGCGUGGUAGCGGAAGGACCAUCGGCGCGACCCGUCUCCAGUCCUCCUUCGACUUGUGCGGUCCUUCCACAAGACCGGACUCUGCUGUCACCUCUCGACGCAUGGCAAAUCCGCCCAUACAAUAUCGAUCGAAACCAUCGUGCUGAUUUCGACGCCAAUACGAACCGGACAGUCGAUGGUGGUGAUGAUGGCGGGAGUUGUCGAGAUGGUUUUGUUGGCAUGAUGGCGGAGACUAGCAGUAGUGCAUUUACACAUGGCAGUCCCGCACUAUUCAGAUAUCUUCCCCAUCCUCCCUCUCCAACUUCACAGACAUUUUCAUUACCUUCGCCACUCGAGACCAAUUGGUUAAUCGACAGAUUACAACAAGAUUUAGGUGCUGAGAGCGAGGAGCAACAAAGGGUGAAGGCAAGGGCAGCAACAUCAUCAGGAACGAGCCCUGCUGGUGCUUCACGGAGGUAUAGCGAACAGGAUAUCAGAACGAGGACUGCGCGAGCAUCCCUCCAUAAACACAAAGGAAGAGCAUCUUCGGAUCCCAUAUAUUCCCCCAGCCGAUGCAGCAACCUCCACUCCUCUUCCCCGCCUUUUCUUCCGUUUGGUGUUUCAAUCGAGAUGGAGCAUCAGCUACAAGUUCGCCAUGGAUAUUCCAGCAGCAUCGGCAGUCGAUCGAGUUUUGGGUCAGGAUCAAGAAGCCCUCUAAGCUCCAAUAACCCAUCAAACUACGGAUCGAGCCGAACAAGCCUGUCUUCGACAUUAUCUGUAUCUAGCAUCGAAGUAAACGCUCGUAUGCCAAAGGUCGUCCGCCCAAACUACACCGAUCCCAUGGCAGCACCUUUUACCAUGUAUGGAUAUGGGAGACCGACUCAAAGACCUCUAUUGAUACCUCAACGCCUUGGGGGACGUCAAUCAAGCUAUACGAGCCAGUCGUUUGGCAAGUCAUAUCAACGACGAGUUCCCGGAGAAGCAUUCAAGAAGUUGCCAGAGGAAGUUCUGCUCAACAUCCUGGUCGAAUUGCGAAAGUCACAUCUUGAGCAGUCCAGUCUUAGCUGCUCAACAUGCUGCAUGAGGGACUUAAUAUCAAUUGGGGCCAGUUGUAGAAAGUGGUCGAACGCCGCCAGCGUAGCACUGUAUGAAGACAUUCAGCUCAUCGGCGAGGACUCACAUUCCCAUAUCAAGAAAAGAUUCAAGAUGAAGUAUGGAUCCCGAUUAAAGUUACUUCGGAGAACACUACAGAGUAGACCCGAUCUUGCUGAAUAUGUCAAGUCACUCAAAGUUCCUGCAAUUCCCAUAUCUGCAAAGAGUCAAAAAGACCAGGAAGAAUAUAUGGAUCUUGUUGCUUCGGUUAUCAUGGCCUGCCCGAACUUGGAACGACUUCCGGGAAUGUACCCGGCAUAUAAACAUGAGUUCUCGAAAUUUGUACACGCUUUAUCGACCAGAAAACACCUUCAAGAGCGUGUGUGGAUUAUUUCAUCAAACUCAUCCAAGCCACAAUACAAGUUAAAUAUAUCCGAGGACGCUGAAUAUCUUACUCCAAUACUCGUACCGAACUUCCUUCCACCAGACCAGUGCACCGAUUUCCUCAACCUACAUAGCAAUUGGAAUGGUCUGAAAACUUUGGUCCUGCACUGUAACCCAGAAGGCACGAUGAAUUCAGCAUUGUUUCUUGACAUCUUCGCUUCGCUACCUUCGCUGGAAAAUCUGCACCUAUCCUCAUUUCCGGCGGCUGUAUUCAACGACAGAACUCUGAUGUCUGUCCCAUCCCUAAAAUCAUUGCGAUUGGAAAGUCUGCCAGGAAUAACAGAUGAUGGAUUGUCGAAUUUUGCAUCCCAAGUAAGGACCGAUAGGCUGAAGUGUCUAUCCCUUAUUUCUCUUUCCCUCCACUCGCUUCCGGUCUUGGCGCGAUUAUUCUCUCACCUAAGGAGUCUUACGGAUUUCACCCUUUCGCAAGCACAAUCCCCACCAGGGGUCGAUUGUUUCCUCUAUCCCUACCUAGCAUCACAAACCCUUCAAACCAUCCAUUGGGAGUUUACGAGUCCGGACGAUGAUAGAGCAAGCGAGAUAUUGUCAAAAUCUAUAUCUACCAACGGCUUUCCAAAGUUGACGAAGAUUCGAGCACCUACCGAUUUCGACGGGAGUCUUCAGAAGUUAUGUAGAACGAGGGAUCGGAUCGAGCUGCCCGGUGAUAAAUAUAGGAACAUAGGUAUCGCGGGCCCCAGCAGACUUCCGUCAUCUCAAAGCAUGCCGACAUUACCAUCGCUGUUAACGCGAUCGUCCUUUGGACCAAGUCACUCGUAUAACAACUCAUUAAGUUCGACUUAUGUCAAAUCACCAACCCGGUCCGCAUUCUCCCUGAACAUGGAAACUCGCUCCAACAGUUCCGACGUUUCAAACAACUCUCGUGAAAAGGGAAUGAGUCUUGCAGUUGCCCGAAGAUUAGCACAACAUCGCGCCGAAGCCGCCAAGUCGAAAUCAAAAUUUCACAUAAUCAUUUGGGAUGAAAAUGGCGACUUCCUGGAGCGGCAUGCUGUUGGUGGGUACCUGGGCAAACUUCAGAGUCAAAUCGACUACGUGCUACAUCCUGAUCUCGAAGGCUCCGAUGAUUCGCUUAUCGGUAUUGAGGCUUUGUUGGAUGGCUCAGAGGAGACAAACGUAAGAGAUGGAUGUACAGGAAGCUGGCACGCGGAUAUCAUAAGGAAAGGCCCCGUGGUGUCUGCGAAGAAGGGGAAAGAGAGAUGGGUGCAUACAGAAAGGGGAAGAUGGAAGGAUAUAGAUGUUCAUAGGUUGUUUUAA